CACGGCGGCGCGUGUAUUCGUUCUGUUCCUCACCAUAUGGGUGCGUGUACGAUGACAACAUUGUCCUUCUUCCGCUGCGCCAGUCGUGCUCUACGUCGACAACGACGCGUCUUUCUGCUGGGAUGUGUCGCCUUCGGAACCUUGAUUUGCGUUCAGAAGAGGGUAAACGUACAGUUUGCCCAUCUGUUCCGUCAGACGCCUCAGAACGACACUUCCAAGUCCGGCACGGCACGGAACGCCUCAGAAGCGCUCCCCAUAAGGAAAUUCAUCGUAGAAACCAGCGGCUGUUCUAUCCCGAACUUCGACCACUUCGAUAUCAGCGUCAAAGGUUUCUACAAAAAAGUCGGACAAUAUGAGUGUCCUGGCAAAGCAUCAUUCAUACGGAUGGUCAACUUGACGGUACCAGUCGCUGACGGAGCGGUACUCAAGAAAAACUUCGGGUACACUCUCAAAGACAUUAACUGUACCUACUUCGAAAUCUGCCGCAGUGAAUCAGUGCGCUUGCCGGACAAGACGUAUUUCUACAAGAAAGGGGUACCUUUUUUCUUUGGUUCGCCACUUGAAUCCGAGUACGGUUACGUGAGCUGCAAGGCGAAACGAAAGGUGUUCCACGAGGAGUUUUUUCUGGUGCCCUUACUGAAGAAGGACGUUGAGGAACAGUGCAAGAGAAUCGAGGACAAGCUCAACUCGACGCUUCCGCGCCUCAAUGUCUUAAUCCUGGGCAUAGACUCGGUGUCUCGCCUGAACUUCAACCGUCACCUACCUCUUUCCGGAAAGUUCGUCCGCGAAGUGCUGAAGGCGUACGAGUUCUUCGGCUACAACAAGGUCGGCCUAAACUCGUUCCCCAACCAGACUCCGCUGCUCACCGGCCUAUCGGGAGACGAGGCGAAAAACAUCUCGGGCAAGAAGUUUUAUGACGGACUCAACUUCUUGUGGAAGGAAUACAAGAAACGCGGAUACAGGACAAUGUUUCUCGAAGAGACGUUGGACUUUGGCCUGUAUACUUACAAUCGCAACGGCUUCAAGCGUGCUCCUACCGACUAUUAUACCAGACACGCGGGGUUAGCGAUCGAGAAACGUUUGUCGAGGAGAAAGAAGACUGGAGGCUACUGCGUUGGGUCCAAAGCGCCAAUGACGCUGUAUCUGGACUACUUCCUGGGGCUGACGAAAGUGUGGAAGGACCGUCCCUUCAUCGUGUACCUCUGGACGAGCGAAUUGGCGCACAGCGGCCUCAACAAUGCCGGACACAGCGACACCCCUUUCCUCAACGUCCUCCGAGCACUCCACGAACGCGGUGUCCUGAACAACACGGUACUUGCUUUCAUGAGCGACCACGGACUGCGCUUCGGUAGCCUCCGAAACACGUACAUCGGUCGGUUCGAGGACAGCUUGCCCUUCGCGUUCCUCGCGUUUCCCUACUGGUUUCUGCGGCAGUAUCCGGAUUAUGCCAGGGCCCUAAGUAUCAACCAGAGACGAUUGACGACUCACUACGAUAUGCACGCCACUUUCCUUCAGCUGCGUGACUUUCCGCGUAUGACCCAAACGAUCACAAAGCGUGGGCUUAGUCUGUUCUACGAGGUUCCGGAGAACCGCACGUGCGCCAGCGCCUCUGUACCCAUCCAGUUCUGCGCCUGCGAGGAGACGCUACCGUUUCCCGAUGCCCACCCUCUUGCACGCCAGGUGGCUACCUUUGUUUUGAGUGAAUUGAACAGGAUGAUAGGAAAGGAGCUCAAAGGAAAAUGUCACAAGUGGAAAUUAAAAGAAGUGGUUAGCAUACGCUUUUAUAAACCCGAGGGACGGCAGUCAAACAAGACAAUCACCGACUACUGGAUCCGUGUAGCCGCCAGUCCAGAUGGAGGCCUCUUCGAGGCCACUGUCAGGCAUAGUGUGGACUGGAAGGCAUCGACAUUUACCAUGGCCCAGCAACCAGAUCGAGUGGACUGGUAUAGUUCUCACGCGAAGUGUGCGAAAGGAAAGUCUUUAGCAAUGUAUUGUUACUGUAAGAAAGCAUGAUAGUCCACCUUCGA